UGCGCUCCGCCGCUCUCGCAGCGUCAGUGUGCGGAGAGCCUGGAGGCGGCAACACAACCUCCCGGAGCUGGGUCCGCUUCUCCCGGCUUUCUCGACGGUCAUGCGACGGACUUCCAGCGCGCAACUUUAUUUGGAUUACAACUUGUGUGUGUGUGUGUUUUUUAGUUGAAUACUGAAGAGACUAAAGCCAGCAUGGGGGACUAGCGAGGACCGAGCCUCUAUUACCCCCUUCCAGCCAUAUUUGUAUUUUUUAUUUUUUUUUACGAAUCCACUUUUUCCCUCCAUGAAGAGCAUGGAUGGUUGUCCACUGCAGCUGGCGAUAUUCCUCUGGUGCCUGCUGGUGAUUUCCGGCUCCGGCUUCGAGAUCGGCUCCUACGAGCUGGAGCGAGGCAGACCGGCCAAGUGCGAGCCCAUCUCCAUCCCCAUGUGCGAGGGCAUCGGCUACAACCUGACCCGCAUGCCCAACUUCAUGAACCACGACGACCAGAAGGAGGCGGCCAUCAAGCUGAACGAGUUCGCCCCGCUGGUGGCGUACGGCUGCGACGCGCACCUCCGCUUCUUCCUGUGCUCCCUCUACGCGCCCAUGUGCACCGACAAGGUGUCCGCCUCCAUCCCCGCCUGCCGGCCCAUGUGCGAGCAGGCGCGGGAGAAGUGCGCCCCCAUCAUGAAGAAGUUCAGCUACACCUGGCCCGACUCGCUGGACUGCUCCAAGCUGCCCACCAGGAACGACCCCAACGCUCUGUGCAUGGAGGCGCCGGAGAACGAGACCAGAACGGAGGGCAAGAAAGGUGAGGGCAUGCUACCCGUCCCCCCUCGGCCGAGGCAGACGGGCACCGGCGGCGGCCGCUCGACCGGCGCCAGCGGAUCAUGCGAGAACCCGGACAAGUUCCAGUUCGUGGAGAAGAGUCAGUCCUGUGCGCCGCGCUGCUCCCCCGCCGUGGACGUGUUCUGGUCCAGGCGGGACAAGGACUUUGCCUUCAUUUGGAUGACGGUGUGGUCCAUCCUGUGCUUCGUCUCCACCGCCUUCACCGUCCUCACCUUCCUCCUGGAGCCCCACCGUUUCCAGUACCCGGAGCGGCCCAUCAUCUUCCUCUCCAUGUGCUACAACGUCUACUCCGUGGCCUUCGUCAUCCGCUCGGUGGCCGGCGCCGAGAACAUCGCCUGCGACCGGGAGCACGGCGAGCUCUACAUCAUCCAGGAGGGGCUGGAGUCCACGGGCUGCACCAUCGUCUUCCUCGUCCUCUACUACUUCGGCAUGGCCUCCUCCAUCUGGUGGGUCAUCCUCACCCUCACCUGGUUUCUGGCGGCGGGGAAGAAGUGGGGCCACGAGGCCAUCGAAGCCCACAGCAACUACUUCCACAUGGCCGCCUGGGGCGUCCCCGCGCUGAAGACCAUCGUCAUCCUGACCAUGAGGAAGGUGGCCGGGGACGAGCUGACGGGGCUGUGCUACGUCGGCAGCAUGGACUCGGGUGCGCUUACCGGCUUCGUCCUCAUCCCCCUCUCCUGCUACCUGGUCAUCGGCACGUCCUUCAUCCUCACCGGCUUCGUGGCGCUCUUCCACAUCCGCAAGGUCAUGAAGACGGAGGGCACCAACACGGAGAAGCUGGAGAAGCUGAUGGUGAAGAUCGGCAUCUACUCCAUCCUCUACACCGUCCCCGCCACCUGCGUCAUCGUCUGCUACUUCUACGAGAGGCUCAACAUGGACUACUGGAAGCUGAGAGGCCUGCAGGCCACCUGCGGCGCCUUCAACGGCCACGGCGGCGACUGCUCCCUGCAGGAGUCCGUCCCCACCGUGGCCAUCUUCAUGCUGAAGAUCUUCAUGUCUCUGGUGGUGGGCAUCACCAGCGGGGUGUGGGUGUGGAGUUCCAAGACCCUGCAGACCUGGCAGGGCCUGUGCAGCAGGAAGCUGACGGACAGGACUAGCGGCAGGAAGCCCUGCAGCGGGGUGAGCUGCAGCAGCACCCACUGCCACUACAAAUCACCCGCAGUUGUUCUGCACGUGGCCAAGACAGACCCGCACGCAGACUGUCCCACUAAUGUCUGACACCCGUGUGUGUGCGUGUGUGUGUGCGUGUGUGUGUGUCCCAUACAAAAAGCUGCUAAAAAGACACACAAAGUACACUAACAGUAUUCGGUGCAUUGUUGUCCAAAAUACCAGCGUUUGUUUUUAUGUUUUUUUUCUCUCUACAGUAGUACCUCAACUUACAUGCUUUAAUUGGUUCCGGGACCGAGCUCUUAACUCAAAACACUUGUGUCUCAAAUCGACGUCUCCCAUUGAAUUGAACCGAAAACCGUGCUUUUAGAUAAGAGGUAUUGUAGAAUGCAGUACGGACAACUACAACAGUUUGAUGAAGUACAGUCGUCCCUCGUCACAUCGCACUUUGCAUAUAUUAUCAUGGAUUUAAAAAAAAUAUUAUUGCAUAUGUUAAAGCAAUUCUGGUCUGAAAUUAGGCAUUUUCAAGCAUAAACAUGGGAAAAUUUACCGAAUCCAUACAGCAGCAGUAUGAGCCAAGUGGUUAGAGCAGUGGUGUCAAACUCAAAUACAGAGUGGGCCGAAAUCUAAAACUGAACAAAGCUGCGGGCCAAUGUUGAAUAAAUUAACCUUUUAAUAGGGACCCAAACAAGUUUUGCAUUGAACAUUGAACAAGCGAGGCUUAAAUAACUUUAUAGUGACAUGCAUAAUUGAGUUUCAAAUAAUAAUAAUAAUCAAAAAAUAAUCAAUGGCAUAACAAAUAAAAUUUGAAUACAAAUUGAAUACCUCUUUUCUAUUUGCAACCUUCUGAGUUAAAUAUCAAAAUAUAUUGUAGCGUCCUGAAAAAGUUAGUGUUGCAAGGGGUUCUGGGUAUUUGUUCUGUCAUGUCGAUGUUAUGUCACAGUGCAGGUGUUCUCCCGAAAUGUGUUUGUCAUUCUUGUUUGGUGUGAGUUCACAGUGUGGCGCAUAUUUAUAACAGUGUUAAAGUCGUUUGUACGGCCACCCUCAGUGUGACCUGUAUGGCUGUUGACCAAGUAUGCCUUGCAUUCACUUAUGUGUGUGUAAUAGCCGCGUAUACUAUGCAAGUGGGCCUGCAGGCUGUUUGUAUGGAGGAAAUGCGGACGUGACGACAGGUUGUAGAGAAUGCUAAAGGCGGUGCCUUUAAGGCACGCCCUCAAUAUUGUUGGCCGGGUGGAAAUCGGCAGAAAGCUUGCCCCGGGAGAUUUUCGGGAGGGGCACUGAACUUCGGGAGGAUUGGCAAGUGGGAGAAUUUGCGGUAUUACAGCGGCACCUCUGUGUAAUAACGGCGGGCCAGUUGUAAUGUUAAUUUGAUAUUGCCUCAAGGGCCAAAUUAAUUUACACGGCGGGACAAAUUUCACCACACCAUGUGUGUGUGACAAUCAUUGGUAUUUUAACUUUAACUUUGAGUAGGUGAGACCAAUCAAAAUACAAAAAAACGCUGUUUUGUCAGGUUGAGUUUGUGACGAACCCCAAGAUGCAGAGAAGGCGGCAGGCAUUGUGCAAGAAAACAUACUUUAAUGUCCAAAAAUAUAAUAAUGAAGAAGAAACACAAACCAGAAACUGGGAGGACAAACUGGAAACAGGGAAUACGGAUCCAGCAAACAGGGACUAAGAACAAACAAACUGGAACCAGGGAACAAAAAGAGCUACCGAAUAUAGCUUACCGCUACCGAUACACUGUCAUCGUCACGACCAGUCGGAACGAUAAGUAGAAAUAACAAUAAUCCAGCCCAGACUGGAUGGGAAGGCAUGUUCAAAUAGCAUCUGCCUGAUUGACACCAGGUGUGGCCAGGUGCCAAUCAGCCACAUCUGAGGGGACACAGCACUCAGGGAGAUAAACAGGAAACAGAACCAAAACAAGAGCGCUGACAGGAAAUACUACACACACAGGAAAAACUAAAACAAAACCAAACUGUCAGGGUAUAAACCUAACAUCUUUUUUGCUAUAUUGUCUCUGCAACCUGGGGUCAGGCCAAGCCCACCCGAUUAGAAAAAAGCUUCAAUUUAUAUCACGUUGCUUCAGUUCAAUAUCCAAUAAUUGUACAAUAACUAAUGAACAUCUAUAAAAUCCGGACUCAUAGCUUUAAAUACAUAGUUUAAGCACGGUUGCCGCAAAAGAGCAAACAUGAAAGCGGUGGUGUGUCCGGGAACAGAGUACAUCAUUCAGUAUUGUGGCCACUAACUGGCUGGGCCCCUGGGCAGAAUUACUAUAUUGGAUUAAAAGAGUAUAAAGAUGACUGAAAUGUGUUAUUUCAUGUCUCCAGGGCUCUUAUGUGGAAAACAUUUUUAGAAGGUGGUAAAAAAAAAAACUCUUACGCCUCUUGCUACCACAAUAGGUGAUUUAUAAAUAUGAAUUCCUAUUUUUCCCACAACCAUGUCCGGAACGAAUUAACAGCGAUAAACGGGGGACGACUGUCAUUUAGAAAUAAUGUGCAGCCUCUACAUGUACUUUGGAAAGCGAAAUUCUACAAUAUCUCCUUCGAGCUGCUUCUCAGUCAAACACACCAUCAGCAGCUUUUCCAUAUUCUUAUGGAUAAAUGUCUGCCGUUUGGAUAUUUUUUUUUUUUUAAGAUCCAUGGCAUGGUGCUAUACUCAUUCUCCUGCUGCAGACUCCCAGUGAUACACCUGAGUUGCUGUGAUGAUUACUUUCUUUAAUUCAGUGAGUACCAUGCACUGUCCUUCACACUCACGUUCCUCCUUCCCCUGCUUGGAAAAACCAAAAUCUCUUGCUCUAAGCCAGGUGUCACCAACGCGGUGCCCGCGGGCACCAGGUAGCCCGUAAGGACCAGAUGAGUCACCCGCUGGCCUGUUCUAAAAAUAGCUCAAAUAGCAGCACUUACCAGUGAGCUGCCCCUAUUUUUUAAAUUUUAUUUAUUUACUAGCAAGCUGGUCUCGCUUUGCUCGACAUUUUUAAUUCUAAGAGAGACAAAACUCAAAUAGAAUUUGAAAAUCCAAGAAAGUAUUUUAAAGACUUGGUCUUCACUUGUUUAAAUAAAUUCAUUUAUUUUUUACUUUGCUUCUUGUAACUUUCAGAAAGACAAUUUUAGAGAAAAAAUAAGACCUUAAAAAUGAUUUUAGGAUUUUUAAACACAUAUGCCUUUUUACCUUUUAAAUUCCUUCCUCUUCUUUCCUGACCAUUUAAAUCAAUGUUCAAGUAUUUUUUUAUUAUUGUAAAGAACAAUAUAUUUUAAUUUAAUUCUUCAUUUUAGCUGCUAUUUUUUCGUCGAAGAAUAUUUGUGAAAUAUUUCUUCAAACUUAUUAUGAUUAAAAUUAAAAAAAAAUAUUCUGGCAAAUGUAGAAAAUCUGUAGAAUCAAAUUUAAAUCUUAUCUCAAAGUCUUUUGAAUUUCUUUAAAAAAUUUUGUUCUGGAAAAUCUAGAAGAAUUAAUGAUUUAUCUUUGUUAGAAAUAUAGCUUGGUCCAAUUUGUUAUAUAUUCUAACAAAGUGCAGAUUGGAUUUAAACCUAUUUAAAACAUGUCAUCAAAAUUCUAAAAUUUAUCUUAAUCAGGAAAAAUUACUAAUGCUGUUCCAUACAUUCUUUUUUUUAAAUUUUCAAAAAGAUUUGAAUUAGCUAGUUUUUCUCUUCAUUUUUUCCUGUUGAAUUUUGAAUUUUAAAGAGUCGAAAUUGAAGAUAAUCUAUGUUUCAAAAUGUUUAUUUUUUUCAUGUUUUUUCCUCUUUUAAACCGUUCAAUUAAGUGUUUUUUUCAUCAUUUAUUCUCUACAAAAAACCUUCCGUAAAAGGGAAAAAAAAUGUACGACGGAAUGAAAUACCCAUUUUUUUAUAUAUAUCUUGAUUUAUUUAUUAAAGGUAAAUUCAGCAAAUUGGCUAUUUCUGGCAAUCUAUUUAGGUGUGUAUCAAACUGGUAGCCCUUCUCAUUAAUCAGUACCCAAGAAGUAGCUCUUGGUUUCAAAAAGGUUGGUGACCCCUGCUCUAAGCUGAUUGUAGCGAGUAAGACCAGAUGUUUUGUGUUCACUGUGGCAUUUGAUUGCGACUCCAAUUUUUUGGCGUACAACUCAAAAAUGAGCCAAAAGGCAGCUCUUAUCUCAAAACACUCUUAAGUUGAGGUACCACUGUCAUUCUUUUGUCAAUAUUUCUGCUCUGCACUGUAAUGUUCUGUGCAGUUUGAAGCUACGGCGGGGAGGUUCAUCCCCCCUCCCCCACCCUGAAAGCAGCACAAUUGUACAAAAUCUGUAUAAAUGUCUAUUUAUUGUAAAUAUAUUUAAUUUAAGUUCAUUUUACGGGAGAAAAAGUGCCUUUUAUAAGAACACCGGUGCAUGUUUUAUGAUGUUAUUUUGAAUGACAAUAAAUUUGUACAACUCA